AUGGAGAGUUGGCGGGUGUGCAGAGGAGAGGAGAAUGGGAGGGAAGUGGGCUGUGUGCUGCCGCAAGUGUCGCUUUUGUUAGACGGAAGAAGCAUUCGGGUCCUAGGGAUGGCUGGUCCCUCGGACUGUCCAUCAUCUGAAGCGAUCAUCGCAAAUUGUUCAAGUUUAAGCUGUAAAAAUGAAAGGAGUGUGGUAGAGUUGUGCGCGACAAAUUGA